CACGUGUUAUUUUGAUGACUGGACCUAUUCAGUCAUUUUUUACAGAGAUUGGAUACAAAUUCCCAUUGUACUAAUCAAGGGUCCAACAAAGGACCACACUUUAACUUGAUUAGGUGUAACCAGUUCAUCCACAUGAAGCAAUAACCAAUAGGACAAAACCCAACCCAAACUCAAAUCACCACCACUUACUUCAUGACUGGUUGAGAUAUGCUGGUGAAAUUACUAAAAUGCCCUUUUCUUUUUUUGUUACCUAAAAUUAAAACCCGUGUGUUUUGAAACAUUAUAAAUGAAUACGAAACCCGUAUUUUGUUUUUCUAAAACAGUUUGAAGAAAGGAUUAUAAGAUUAUUCUCCACCUGAAAACAGCAUUCAAGUGGGUAGACCCCAAGAUUUAGGAGACCUCUUUUUGUUAAAAAUCUUAUCAUAGCAUCAUACUUUUCCCCUACCUUCACCUUUUUCUCCUCAAUAUAUCAAACAAAUCUUAUAACUCCUCUUCACCAUCUCUCUCUCUCUCUCUCUCUCUCUCUCUCUCUCUCUUUUUCUAUCUCUCUCAAAACAUACAAAAAAAGAGCUCCUAAAAUGGUUUUGGCUGUUUCAAAUGGGGAAAAAGACGAUACGGUUUCCCUUGAUUACAAAGGAAACCCAGCUGACAACUCAAAAACCGGUGGUUGGCUUGCAGCCGGAUUAAUUUUAGGGACUGAGCUGUCUGAGAGAAUAUGUGUGAUGGGUAUAUCGAUGAAUUUGGUGACAUAUUUGGUGGGGGAAUUGCAUCUUUCAUCAUCAAAAUCUGCGAACACUGUGACAAAUUUCAUGGGAGCUUUAAACAUUUUAGCCCUUUUUGGUGGGUUUUUGGCGGAUGCUAAAUUUGGACGUUACCUCACCAUUGCUAUAUUUGCAUCUAUAUGUGCUGUGGGGGUGACACUGUUGACAUUAGCAACAAGCAUUCCAGGCAUGAGGCCACCUCAUUGUGAUCAACCUAGGAAACAACAAUGCAUAGAAGCUUCCGGAAGCCAACUAGCAAUGCUUUAUGUUGCACUUUACACAAUCGCGUUAGGUGGAGGUGGGAUAAAGUCAAACGUUUCGGGUUUCGGUCUCGGGUCCCUUUUUGCGGUGACUGUGUUGGUGUAUAUACAAGACAACGUGGGACGCGGUUGGGGCUACGGGAUUUCGGCGGGUACCAUGAUUGUGGCCGUCGUUGUCUUGGUUUGUGGGACCGCUUUGUAUCGGUUUAAGAAACCGCAAGGAAGCCCGUUGACGGUUAUUUGGAGAGUCGUGUUUUUGGCUAUUAAAAAUCGAAAGCAAACUUAUUCGAAUCCCGAGUUUUUAAAUGAUUAUAGCAACUCCAAAGUUCCACACACAAAGAGAUUCAGGUGUCUUGACAAGGCCGCAAUACUAGAUGAAUACGCAUCUUCAGAAGAAAACCGAAACAAUCCAUGGAUAGUGUCAACCGUGACACAAGUUGAGGAGGUCAAAAUGGUCAUAAAUUUAAUCCCGAUAUGGUCAACAUGUAUUCUCUUUUGGACUGUGUACUCACAAAUGAACACUUUCACAAUAGAGCAAGCGACUUUAAUGAACCGAAGCGUCGCGGGUUUUAGCAUACCCGCAGGGUCGUUUUCGGUAUUUCUCUUCAUAUCAAUUCUCCUAUUCACAUCUCUAAACGAAAGGGUGGUUGUCCCUAUAGCGAGAAAGAUAACUCACGAUCCAAAAGGGUUGAGAAGUUUACAGAGAAUUGGGAUUGGGCUUGUUUUAUCGGUUGUAGGUAUGGUGGCGUCUGCAGUUGUUGAAAAGAGACGAAGAGUAAUGCAUGGAAAAAUGACGGAAAUUUCGGCUUUUUGGUUGGUUCCUCAGUUUUUCUUGGUGGGAGCGGGUGAGGCGUUUGCUUAUGUGGGACAACUUGAGUUUUUCAUAAGGGAAGCACCCGAGAGGAUGAAGUCCAUGAGUACAGGGUUGUUUUUGAGUACUUUGGCUAUGGGGUAUUUCAUGAGCAGUGUAUUGGUGUCGUUGACUGAUAUGGCGACUAAUGGGAGUUGGCUUACGAAUAAUUUGAACAAGGGUAAAUUGGAGAAUUUCUAUUGGUUGCUUGCGAUUCUUGGAGCAAUAAACUUUUUCGCUUUUUUGGUUUUGGCAUCGAGGCAUCAGUAUAAAGUGCAAAACUUUAUUGGGCCUAAAAGUGAAAAAGAGAUUGAGAAUUGGGGUAUUGAUAUGGUUGAUGAUGUAGAAGUGAAGAAGGCUGUUAUGGGCGGGAAGGAAGAAGCUUAGAGUGUGUGUUUAUGUGUGUGUGUGUGUUUAGAUAGUUUAUAUAGUUUUGGUGGUAGAUGUUUUAUGUUGAUUUGAGUUGUUUUUAUAUGAUUGGUGAAAAGGGUAUUUGUAAGAUAUUAUUAAUACACACCCUUUCUUUGUAAUUCCCAUUCUCUUUAGCAUCC